GCGAAGCAGUGUGCGGCUCUUAGCCUGCAGCAUGGACACGGAAUGCGGUUACUGCUGCGGGGCUGGAGCCAGUGGGCAAUCCGGCCUGGACACCUGAACAUGGACUAAAACCAACACCGGUCUGCAGGAGGGGAGGGCCAGGUGCAGCCAGCAGGCUGGAAGCGAGUCAGGGGGGAGGAAGAGAAGCCAAAAGGUGGAAACGAUGGCCAAGCUACCUGGAAGUCGAGCAGUCGCGCUGAGCGUGUUGUGCAGCAGUGCAGGAAGAGCUACACUGUAUCCAGCGCGACUGUAUCCAGCGCGAUUGUAUCCAGCGCGACUGUAUCCAGCGCGAUUGUAUCCAGAGCGGACUUUCCCGCUGAACCCCGCGAGCGGCCGCUGCAGCCUGACCAGAUGCACGUCCACCUCCUCCUUAUCCGGAUACUCCGAACUGGCCAGGGAAAGAUCGAAAACGGUCACCACCUUCUACAACCAGUCUGCCAUUGAUGCGGCAGCUGAAAAGGCAUCCGUACGUCUGACACCAACCACCAUGUUGUAUUCAGGAAAAACCCCAGAUGGAAGUCAUAACCUGCGGAGUGCCAAGUACCUCUACAAUGAGCUACCUGUCCGCAUCGCCCAUCGGAUUAAGGGAUUUCGGAGCCUUCCCUUCAUCAUUGGCUGCAAUCCCACAAUCCUACAGGUGCAUGAGUUGUACAUCAGAGCCUUUCAGGUGUUGUCUGAUUUCCCACCAAUCACAGACAGCAAGACAGAGUCUCAGUACUGCAAGAUGAUUCGUCAGCUCUUAGAUGACCAUAAAGAUGUUGUGACGAUGCUGGCUGAAGGUUUCAGAGAAUGCCGCAAAUACGUGCAGGAUGAAUCAUUGAUCCGUUCUUUCCUGGAUGACACUCUGACGUCCCGACUGGGAAUCCGUAUGCUGGCAACACAUCACCUGACUCUGUAUGAGAAUAAUCCUGACUUUGUGGGAAUUAUCUGUACACGGCUGUCUCCAAAGAAGAUCAUUGAGAAGUGGGUAGAUUUUGCUCGGCGCUUAUGUGAGCAUCAGUAUGGCAGUUCCCCAAGAGUGAGGAUAAAUGGUCAUGUGGCAGCCAGGUACCCUUAUAUCCCAAUGCCCUUGGACUACAUCCUUCCUGAGUUACUGAAGAAUGCAAUGAGAGCGACGAUGGAAAGUCACCUUGACACACCGUACAAUGUCCCUGACAUUGUGGUCACCAUUGCCAACAAUGAUAUUGAUUUCAUUAUCCGGAUCUCGGAUCGUGGAGGUGGGAUUCCUCACCAGAUCAUCGACAAAGUGACAGAUUAUCACUUCACCACGGCUGAGGAGAGCUCACAGGAUUCCACAAUGAACUCUUUUUACGGCCACACGGUCAACAGUGGGCCCCAGUCAGGGCCAAUGCAUGGGUUUGGCUUUGGUCUGCCCACCUCCCGUGCUUACGCUGAGUACCUGGGUGGAUCGCUCCACAUUCAGUCUAUGCAGGGCAUCGGGACAGAUGUUUACCUGCGCCUAAAGCACAUUGAUGGGAAGGAAGUAAGUUUCCGCAUCUAGGUCAGGAGCCAGAAUCAUCAUCUGUGGAGAAGAUUGCUAGACGGUUAUAUUACACUAACCUCAUGGCUCCAAACACAACUGGACAUGAACUGCAAUAAUUCUGAAGACCUACUUUUGGUUAAGAACAAAAAAAAAUCUGAGAAGUUUGUCUUAGCAUCACUUGGAGUGAAGGAGCUCUAAUUUAACUGACUGUGAAAAAAAGGACUGCUGGAAAAUACUUGCAGCUUGGCUUGAAUGAGCAAAGACAAUAGACUCCUGUUGACUGACCUGAUGCUAACAGUGAUCAUUUUGGUCAGCAGUGCCCUCUGCUGGUUUGUCUACAUUUUUCUUCCAACAAGGGGACUAAUGGUUAACAGUCGAUAAGAAGCAGGAAAGAAAAUCCAAACCCCCACACUUUUUAAACUCUGGCUGUAGAGACACAUUUAUUUACCACAGUUUAAUACAAGCAUAGUAUAAUAACUUCUGAAUUUUAAUCUUUUCUAAGACUUUAUGGUAACCAUUUCUGAAUUUGACAGAGGCCACCCAUUUUCCUAUUGAAGUUGCAGGUUGUGUUGCGUUCCAGUGAUUUGAUACAUUAAUAUUCACCCUAUGUAUAUUGUGAGAAGAAAUAGUUUUCAUUCCAGAUCAAUCGCCGUUCAUUUAAUUUGUUAUAAAUUGAAAUUGCAGUAUUUUUAGAUGCUGGUGCUACUACUUUAAGCUGAAGCUACUGCACUCCCACCAGAAUUACAGGGUGUUUGUGCAGUCCCUACAGAUUAUCUGCUCAGAGUUUGAAAUGUUUGUUCACUUGUUUGAUAUCACAGCACAACAGUGACCCAGUUGUUAUUACAGAUUCAAGAUGUGGAGAUUGAUAUUUGUAAAUUGUAUAAACCAUAGCAGCAGAGUAGCCUUGUAAGGCUCCUUUUGGUUAAAGCUGCUUUACUUUAACCAUUUAUAGCUCAGAUCUUGUUGUUGGUUUGUCUUGUUGCUCCUUUGAGCUUUAUGUUGAUGCUGUGCUCAGCGACUGACAUUACUGUGACACACAGGUCCGUGCAGUAUCACCAGUUCCUCAAGGGGUUUGUUCUUCAUCUUCUUCUGGAAAGCUCCCAAAGCCUGCAGGAUGGUUCUAGCUUCCCUCCGAUUACAGAAAAACCUUUAACUUUCAGUUGGGAAGCCACUGGGAGCAGUAGAGCAUCAGGGCUGCAAAUACAAGACUGAUGUCAUGUUGUGGAAUUGCCCAUCGUCAUUCCUGCAUUCAGUAAGGGAUAGGUCAGUUUUAUCUUAUUGGAGCGAAUAAGGAAGAUGAUGAUCCAUUAAAACAAAAGUACACUGUUUAAAGAGUAUUCCUAACACAUGGAGAAAGGUGAUUCAUUUAAUUGGAAUUGAAUUUUUUUUCCCCUUCGAGUAACCUCUUCCCUUCUAUAUCUAACCUUAAAAUUUGUCUGCUAUCUGAAGAUUUUUUUCUGGAGCAGGUAAAAUUUUAUUUGAAAUUGGAUUAUGAUAUUAUAAAUUACAUUUAAUGUUCAGAAGGAGGCAAGAACAGAAAUAUGGAUACUAGCCUCCUUUACAUUAAGUGAUGUUGUAAUGUCUUGCUCGCUUUCAAAGUUAAAUGUUCCACAUUAUAGAUACAGAAAAAUCUGAUAUGCUGAGAGAAAAUCACUUUUUUUUUGAUGUACAGCAACUGCCUGUGUAUUUAUGGUAUUCAAUAUGGUGAAUAAUUAUCAAUAAAUUGCCACAAAAAAGAA